GAGGAUCGUUUCCUCUGCGGAAUUUCCAUUUCCCUCUUUUUCUCUGAAUGAAGUUUCGAGCCAAUUUCUUGUUGGAACACAAGCUUGGAGCAGCAAAUGCAUGGAAUGGUGAAAUAUAAGUCAGCUAAUCUGUAGCAGGAAUGAAGGCGAGGAUCGUUUUAAGGAAGAUUUAUGACUACGUUCGGUAUGAUUUGAAGGAAAUUGCAUUUCCUUCGUCGUUGCCGGAUCCUCCGCAUUCAAAGAAGCGUCGAAAGCUUACAUGGCAUGAACGAUUCUUGGUGUUGAAGGAGGCUUCCAGGUUAUAUGCUGCAAGCUGGGUGCGGGACAUUGGUCCUGAACUGCGACCAAAUGACUAUAAGGUGGAAGAAAGCGAAAACAAAAAGAAUUCAGCAAAAAGUGCACCUAAGGAGAAAGAACCUUCAACACUGGAAGAUCUGGCCGUGGCUGCAAGAGGAGGAAUGGAAACAUUAAAACCAGCUUUGCAGCGGGUGUAUAUGACUAAAGCUUCUGCAUAUAGAGACGCUCUGAAAAAUUUUAUAGAUGGCUAUCAAGAAGGUAUUCAGCAAGUCAUGGAGAAAAAGGAAAUUUCUGAUUCCCAGAAGGGAAGCGAAAAAAUGAAAUAAAAAUUUCUGAUCGUAUUUAUGUUUUAUGUAAAAGCUACAGAAUUGUGACUACACUAGUUUAGAGGAUUGGGCAGUUCAGUUUCUAGUUGUAAAAAUUGGUUAAGAUUUUUUGUGUCGUUUCCGCGGUGCAAUUUGAAAUUCAUACUGUUUUAAGCA